AUGGAAACUAAAAAGAAGUUAAUAAACAUCGAAGAAAUUACUUCAUUUGAAGAAUUAGAUUUAGAAAACAUUGAUUUAUAUAAAGGAGAGAAACCAACGGAUAUUAUGGAUCAAUGUUUACAGUUAUGUAAGGAUUAUCUGUCGGGUGAAUGGAUUCAACAAACAGUGGACACUAUUACUGUCCGACGUAUUACGGGUGGUCUUAUAAAUCAAUUAUAUUAUUGCGGUAUUAAUAAACAAAAUAUAACAUCAAAAGUACCUCAAGAGGUGGCCAUUAAAUUAUAUGGAGAGAAACCAAUGAAAACAAAUGAUAAUAAUUAUGAGAGACUUAACGAUACUAUAAUUGAUUUGAUAGUAUCUGUAAAUCAACUUGGUCCUAAAAUAUACGCACUAUUUGAACAUGGUCAAAUACAACGUUAUUAUAAGCACCGACAGUUCAAAUUAGAAGAACAAAGUAAUGGAAAACUGGUUAAUGAGUUGUUUCGUAAAUUUGCACGAAUCCAUGCCAUGGAUGUGCCCAUCAAAUACAACUAUAAUUGGUUUAUGAAUGAAGCGGAAGAUUCUUAUAUAUAUAUAUAUAUUUUGAAAACACUGUUGACCGCAGAUCUUAAGUCAGAGUUUGAAUGGAUUAAACAAACAGUAGUAAAAGCUAACAGCCCUAUAGUAUUCAUUCAUAACGAUUUCCGAUCAAGAAAUUUGUUGAUUACAGAAACGGUAGAUAAAACUGACGGACCAAUUGUUGUCUGCGAUUUUGAGUUUUCGUCGUACGGUUACAGAGGUAUGGAUUUUCAGCCCAUUAUUCUUGAAUGGGGUCGCAAACAGUUUGACUUAACCGCUGAUGGUCUGCCUCACAACGAUUCAGUAUUGCGACCAUUGAUUGAGAUAUAUGUUGACGAAUGUCAGCAAAUUCAUGGCAAAGAGUUUUCUGCAAAUGUUGUCAAUACUGUCGAUCAUAUUAUCUAUGAAAUCAAAAUCUUUAUAUUGAUUUUACAUUUAGUUCGUGGUGUUCGCAAUACACUAUAG